AUUAAUUACAAGUUUUUCAAACAAAAAUUAGUUUUAAUAACAAUUAACACAAGCGUUGAAUGCAUUGAAUGAAUAGUAAUAACAGUAAUAAUAAUGCUAUCGAUUAGUGACGAGCAAAAGGAGUCAAUCGUACGGCUGAUGAACGCUAUAGUGAGCGACAGUCCAGUUGUCACUAAUCUUAACAAUCGGUCGAUAGUUAGCCAGAAGUUAGUGAAACUCAUCCACUAUUUUGAACACUCAAUCAGCGAAGGCAAUAAGAGUCUUCUGGUACUGAAAUGUGUGUCGUUUGAGGCGCUGAUCGAGAACUGGUUACUCGACUACUACUGCGAAGACUCUGUGAUGGAGUCGUUCGACAUCGAGGAAGGCGUCGAACAAGAGUUGUCCACCGCUUCGCUGCUCAUACUAUACGUGAUCCACAAGUUCUCCAUCUGUUUCCCGCAUAUUGUCAUGUAUUUCAACGACCACUGGAACCAAUUGCGUGUGUUUAACGCGCGCUUGGAUCAGAUGCUCAAGAAGGACAAAGUGGCCGCACUGUUGCGCCAACAGAUGGACGCCAAUACCUCUUCCAACGCUACCGUCAAUACCUCCACGUCUACCACCGCUGGUGACGAUGAUUACAACGAUAGUACAAACUAUGGCCAAACGGCGGCAUCCGAUUCGCGGACCGCCGACACCGGGAGUGAUAUUGAAUACCACAUAAAGUCCGAAGCCGUGGAGUUCUUGGACGCCAUCAAUGACAUGGACGCAGAGUCGAUGGGUGGUCUGCCCACAGCGUACGCCACGGCCGGCCUUCAACUCAAGCCAAACACAGUGCACACGUACUCAUCGCUGGCCUCCAUGGCUGACGAACUAAUCAUACCUCAAAUGUUGGACACCGGCGGCAACGGGUCGUCGCCCGACCAGACGUCUCAGUCGGGCGGCCAAACGAGUAGCGGCCAGACAUUGGUGUGUCUAUACUGUCACCGAUCAUUCGCCUCGAAAUACAAGCUGAAACGGCACGAGUUUGUCCACAAACCGCUGUCCAAGCCGUUCAUGUGUCCGUGGAAUGGCUGCGAACUCCGGUUCCGGUCGUCGUUUGAUAUGCGCCGACAUCUGGUGACCCAUACGGGCGAACGCAACUUCGGGUGCGAUGAGUGCGGCAAACACUUCUCGCGCGCCGACAAACUCAAGGAACACAAACAAACGCAUACGAAACGUAUGGCUCGAUCGGUGGCCCGACAGUCAGCGGCAGCCGCCACGGCAUCGGUAGCCACGGAUGUCGUCGCCGCCGGUGAGUCGCUGCUGGCCGUCGACACCCGCGCUGUCGCCGGUGUUGAGAGCAACGAGUUUAAUGUUUUUGACGCCGAUUUGUUUGAUCAUCAAUUGGUGGUGAAGACUGAACUCAAUGUACUGUAA